AUGUUCAACAUGAACUUUUUUGAGCUUGUGGUAAAGCGCCCCAGUCAUGACCCGCCAGGUCGGACAUUUUUCAAUUGUCUUCAGGUCGCUCUCGGCAUGGCUGUGUACAACAACGAGAUCAUACCUGCAUUCAGAUUCAUCAUGGAAGAUCCAUAUGAGGUCGGCUCUCGUCUAGCCUUGUAUUGCAUGACUAUGUCCCUUGGAAACGUUUUCAUAUUCCUCAUGCAGAAGGAGUUUGGCGCAUUGGCUGUGGCCAAGACCACCACAGUUAGAAAGCUGGUCAGUGUGGUUUUAUCCGUAUUGAUGUUCGGUCACAGAAUACUCCCUGUACAGUGGUUGGCAAUUGGUGUAGUUUUUACAGCGCCCAUGACGGAGAAACGAAUCAAUAAGUGGAGAAAGUCUAUUACUAGAGGGAAGAAGCACGACUAGAGCUCAACUUGAGUGUGCUGUUUCUACAUUGUAUUUGCU